CCACAUUCUCCCGUGCGCAAUGGCACCGACCGAGCGCUCCUCCCGCUCCUUCCGCUCGCCUCGCAGCUCUGGACGCGGUGACCGGACAACUUUUACCUCUGCACGGGUGAUGCUUUUCCUCUGUGGCAUCUGAUGAAUCCUCCACUGGGAAACAGUAACAGGUCUGCCAAACAUAUCACCUCCCAUGUCACAGGGGCGUCUCCAUGGCGAUGUUUAGUAGCGCAGAGCGACUCUGGAACGAGUCAGAGCGCCUCGGAUGGGACGAGCGAAAUGAGAGCUCGGAGGGAUCAGAGCAGGACAAGGGGGAGCAUAACUACUAUGCCAUGCUGUAUUCACUGCUCAUCCUGGCCAUCGUGUUUGGGAACGUGCUGGUGUGUCUGGCUGUGCUGAGGGAGCGCUCCCUUCAGACCACCACCAACUACCUGGUGGUCAGCCUGGCCGUCGCUGACCUGCUGGUGGCUCUGCUGGUGAUGCCCUGGGCUGUGUACCUGGAGGUGGUCGGCGGUGCCUGGCUUUUCAGCCGGCUCUACUGUAACAUCUUUGUCACGCUGGAUGUGAUGAUGUGCACCGCCAGUAUCCUCAACCUGUGUGCGAUCAGCAUUGACAGGUACACAGCUGUGGUGAUGCCCGUCCUGUACAACACCACCCAUCGCUCCAAGAAGAGAGUUUUCGUGAUGAUUUCCACAGUGUGGGUCCUGGCCUUCGCUGUCUCCUGUCCCCUGCUGUUUGGCUUCAACACCACAGAUGACCCCAUGGUGUGCUCCAUCUCCAACCCCGAAUUUGUAAUCUACUCCUCAGUGGUCUCCUUCUACCUUCCUUUUAUCGUCACUCUGCUGGUCUACAUCCGCAUCUACGUCUUCCUCAGGAGGAGGCGUAAGAGGAUCACGUUCGGCCAAGCCAGCGGAAAAAUCCAGCCGGGCUCGACCCCACCAUCUGCGACUGUAGAGCCUUUGGCUCCCUCCAAGCCCAACCUGCUCUCGCGAUGUCUGUGGCGCAACCACCCGAAGACAGGACCGGUGGAGAACUCAGUGCUGCCCCCGGUGGAUAUGCAGAACUACUGCAGCAUAAGCCACGCCUCCUGCGGCCGCACAGAGCUGGAUCUGGAGCAGGAUCGGAGGGAGCAGGAGGUGGGGGACAACCACCGGGACGAACAGGCCUCUGUCCGGAUGAGCUGCGAGGUGAAGGAUCUCUCCAACGGGCGAACACACACGGCACUGCGGACGCUGCCUCACUCACACAGCAACAAUCCACGAUUCAGGAGCAUGCACGCGCGGGAGAAAAAGGCCACGCAAAUGCUGGCCAUUGUGCUUGGCGUGUUCCUCAUCUGCUGGCUGCCUUUCUUUGUGACUCACAUCCUGAAUACCCACUGCAGGACAUGCUACGUGCCUCCUGCACUUUACAGUGCUUUCACUUGGCUGGGGUACGUCAACAGUGCCCUCAACCCCAUUAUCUACACCACCUUUAACAUCGAGUUCAGACGGGCCUUCAUCAAGAUCCUCAGCUGCUGAGGAAGGAGGCACUAAAGGAGAUUUAAAUGGAAAUGAGGCUGAGGACUCGUGCUACAACUCUGGCCCUGUACAUUUUUUAAUCCAUGACCACGGACUGCUCAUUGUCCAGGAGAGCAAACUCACAGGAGUUAUUCAGAGGCAGCGAGAUGAAAAAUGGAAAUGAACUGACACUGUGUCACGCAAUAAAUGUAAACAAAAGAGGAUUUAUAAUUUUCUGACUCAAACAAAGACUCAAACUUUUCUUUCUCAACAGGGCUGGAACAGUAUUACUCUUUAAAUAAGUCUUUUUACAUGCAUAAUGUCUUAUUGAUAGCACAAAGUGUUUCUCGUGGAUUUGUCUUGUACAGUAUUUGGCACAGUUCCUUAUUUUAAGACUUUCCAAUCAAUGAGAGUUUGGAAACCACAAAGGAGCUUUAAGGCUGAUGGAUUGAUCUCGAACCUGCAGUCCACCUCGUCCUGAGGCAGGUUGCCAACGCACUGUGUGGAUUAACUGAUGUUAUACCGCCCCACCACCAUUAUCGUCACCAUCAGUUAUUCACCUGUGCAUGCAGAAAUCAAAAUUCAAGGCCAUCCACUUGAAUUGUGCUUGAAGGAUCGAACUGGUCCCUGCCAGGAGUCACAUCAUUUUGAUUGUCAUACAUCUUGACGUGAAGGCAUUGUGUGCCAUGUGGAUUAAAUAGAACAUUUUUAAAAAGUGACAUUUUGAUGUUAUGCACCGUGAAAGAAUUUGUGUUUCGUAAUGGGUCAGACUUCCCCAUUAUUUAGAGCUGCCUGCUGGCUCCUCUGACGCUCCGAUGAAGGCAGGAGCUUUGUGAUCUUCACAAAAUGCAAGAUUGUAAACCAUGUGGAGAGCAGGUCUGUCAUGGACAGAGCAGUAACUGCAGUGUGUUGUAAAUAAAAAAAAUUAAAAAACAUGAACUA